AUGGAACGUGGCGGGAAGAAGAUUUCGCGAGCACUCGUUUCAGUUGUUGCUCUUUCAACAGCGUGUGGUGUUCUGGUGCCUGGUUUUCACGUAGCACCGCCCAAAGAGAACGCAGCUCGAGUAUCAAAAAAGGAAAUGCGGUCACCUCUCCAGACAAAAAAAUCAUGAUUUUUUGAGCUAUUUUGUCCGGCAUGAAAAACUAAAUUGAUAACGAUGGAGCUUGUUCAGAUGCAAUCACGGAGCAACGAACUAUUGGAGAUGAGCUGUGCAGGCUGUACAAGCACAAGCACUCAUGCAAAUUUUUCAUGCAGCAUAGUGCGAGUCUGUGCUGCGGUAUUCAUCCUAUUCUCGCGCACCUGGGGCGAAAUCGGGAUGCGCUAUGGAAAGGCUGCAUUCCGCCACCACGGAUAUACAGAUGAUGAGACUGAGAGGUCGUAGAAGGGAAUUCUAAGGCGAAAACGCCGAACAGAAUAAAUUCAUCAUGUCGCAUGCACUUUACACAACAAGGCAGAGCGUUCCAUUUCGAUUCUUGUGCAAUGUGAAAUCUACCGUGGUAAAGGACAGCGAUCUUGUUGAUCGAGGCAUUUAUUUGACGUUGUGAGCGAGAGACUGCGAUCGACGGGGCCCAAGCUUUAUAGCUGGCGCUGUGUGUUUAUUUGGUCCCGACAAGGUGCCCUGCCGCGGCCUUGUCCCUCGCCGGUGAUCCCAGUUAGGGAGAGCAGUCUGCCAAGCAUGAUUUUUCUGAUACAUGGAGGAGGGGAUAAUUAACGGUUUUCUUUUUCAGACCAAGCAGCACUGGUGUCCGGCAAGAUUCUAUCAAAUGGGAGCGGUGUAAGUGUUUUCACGCCUUUCGUGCGAAAAAGGGAGCAGCGUCAGCGCAACCAAAGCAACACAGCAUCAAAACGCGACGAAUCUCUCCCGGUGAAUGAAAGAGGUCCUUUCGGGGUUCACGGACAAGCACGUCCGAAAUCAAACAGAGCCGCAAGAGGUCGCAGCAAUGCUGGUGGGUCGGGCCACCGCAAGCAGGAAAGUGAUAAGGUGCUGAAAGUACAACUCGAUCGUGAGCGACAGCCUUUUGAGCCUAUAUCAACAACCGGUCGCGCUGAAGUAUUAGUAGAAGAACCGGCACGACCUGCACCUCGACUCGCUCCCGGAUCCGUUACGCCAGCGCUGCGAGAGGACACUCCUGCGCCAUCUCCUCCUGCGGAUGGGUUUUCGACGGACGUUGCCGCAGCUCUACUGCAAAAGCAUGAGCUGUACGAAGUAGAAGAAGCAAAUAAUGGUAUUGCAAGGAAAAAUCCCCGCUCCCCGUAUUGUCCGAAAAUUUGUUAUGCAGAUUUGUCGCCACAAAUCGCGUCUGUCUUGCAAGAAAGCAGGUCCAGGCCGUCCGCCACGUCAUGCAGACGAUUUCUUGUGUUGUAUUAAGGCCUACUAGAGGGAAGCCGUCUACCAUGCUAGGCGCCUACACCAAAAGGCCCCUGCUGAGGCUUGCGAUCUGCGUGCAGUCCUGUACUGCAACACAAAUUUGAUUUGUGUAUCCAAAUCUAGCAUCAGAAAUUUCGUUUUGAUAUGGGGAGGGGGGACUUCUGUUGAUAAAUGAGGCGAGAGAAGGUGAAGACAAGCGGAAGCGCCGCGGACAGCGUGUUGUCGCCGCGGCUGGGUUAAGCGAUGCAACUACAAAGCUGCGCAGAGGCGCCGGGGCGACUUCGUCUUUGCCGAAGGAGUUGUCGCUGUAUGAAGACUGCCCAAUUCACGUGAACGUGCAUAGUACAGCCGCUGCAAUCGAUACGAUUGGUCUGUACGAUCGCGCUAGCGGAUUGCGCACCUACUACGAAUGCCUUACGUACUGUGCCGAGCUUGUCGAAUGCACGGGACUUCGAUUCGUUUCAGAUUCUGGAGUAUCAAAUGCAAAUAUGUCUGGGCGGUCUGGAAGCUUCUUGGGAGAGUUUGUCAUCAUGCAUAUUCUGCGUGACCCGUGAUGCCUGUAAUGCAUGACCUAGCAUCAGACACUUUUCGAGAGCUCUCUGAUGCUUAUUCCGCAUGAGAAAUGCCCGCCCCGCGCAGCACAAACUGGACUUUUCUUGCUCGUCACGCAAAUCCAAGUACAGCAUCACAAGUUGCAUUCUUCCCGACCCAGGCAUAUUUGCACUUGAUAUGGAGACAUGUUUGACAGCUGUCGCUUGUUUAUGAAAACGCACAGCUGCCUCUCCAUCUCAUUUGUCAUUCAAAAUUGUAUUACCCAAUCCUUUCUAUUCGAAAUUGUCUGAUGAGGUCGCCGAAAUAAGUGCUUCCUCGCCCACCCCCCGGGAAGGGGAUCCUUGACCUGUGGCGCUGGGUACGGGUGUCCACUACAUCAUGACGAUGACGCUUCUUACUUUUACUUUCUGCUUCGCCAUUUUUUGUGCAUGACAGACACUUUCAGAAGCAAGCCGAGAUAAGGAAAAAACAAAUCCUCGGUAACAGAGUUGUGUUUCUGAUGAAACUGCAUCAUUGACUGGAGCUUGUCUCGUCUGUGUCACUGUAGGUAGAUACACAACGGAUGAGGGGGAGGCGGAGUUGUGCACCCUGAUGCUGCUCCGCGGUGAGGACUUUGAAGAGCAGCUACAAGCAAAACCCAACAGCGACUCGACCAUUAUGACCGGAAGUUGUCGCAGGACCGUUCUCAGCAUUGUGGACGAGUACCGGCGAAGUCUUCGUAGUGGUUUUGGGGCCUUGCAAGGAAAGUGGUCAAGCAAUUUAUUCGAGAGAAAAGUAGAAGUUGAAGUGCACACUUCCAUCCUCAUGCAACCACGCUCGCUUUUCAUUUCUUUGGCAUGUUGUUACAGUGGUAAGUACAGGUAUAAUAGUUUUUCAUGCAUACACGUCAAGCACCGUUACAACUCGUGCCCCUUGGAAGGCAAGUACGCAAUGGAUUUUGCCGGCACGAAAUUUUACCGGGUGCCCGUGUCCGAUAUAGUUUUCUGCCGUAUAGUAAAUGAAAAUCAAAAUGUAAAGUAGGUUCUGUGCCGGGCUAAGGAAAUCGUUCAAAUCUGGGGGUGGUCGGUGUACUUUGGAUUUUUUCGCUGCAUACACGGACCCGACACCCUUUUCUUGGGACGAAUCGCCUGGGAACCACAACAGGAACGCAGACGCCUGGGGUAUGUAUGGCACUUGUUCGGGGCAGUCAAUGGAGGCCUAUAUGCCGAAGCGCACCCUUCCGAGCGGAUGCUGGGGUCAGCUUGUGGACCCCUCCGAACAAACGGCAACGGCCGGCUCAACAUACUUUUCCAAAGACGACGACUUUGCCAAUCCUGGCUACUUCCCAGGUAAUGUCUUCUUACGGAGGAUGCCCAAUGAGCUUUUUGGCCUUGGUGGACACGCUGCCGGAAGCGAUCCUACUCAAAACUGCAUCAAAGACCGUUGUGAGCAGUGCUUCGCUUCAACCGGGAGUGCUGGCACGAACUGGUGGCAGACAGAUUUCCAGGCCCGCCACGUGGCGGGUUUUGUAGUUUUCCGUCGGGAUGUCCAAUCUUCUAUAGACGUAAAUAUUAAUGAAGCUAAUUACACCCUGCAGAACGGAGGUACAGAAGUAGCGCAAGCAACGCUUCCGAGCGUCGUAGAUCUGUACGGGACUUGGGUAAACGUGGACGCAACGAUUUCCGCGAUAAAGAUCGAGAGUUCCAACAAGGCUCAAGGUGGGUAUCACCAUCUGGUUUUCUGCGGGUUUUGGCUGUUUGAGAAGGCCACCGGUGCCCCAGUCGUGGGUCACUAUGUACACCCCUAUCAAGAUGGGAGUCCUGAGUUGACAGCCACCGGCGACACGAGAGAUACAAGUGCGGAACCAGGUCUCAAAAUUUACUACUACCCGGCACAAGUGCUCGCGCGCAGAUUCCCGAACGAGCUCGUUGAUAUAAAUCCGGCAGAAGAUGCGUGCACUACAUCACCCCCCGGGUGCGACGAAAGGCUUCACAUGAAGUAUCUACGCACAGACCCGCCGGACCACGUGUCUUCGCUUGAUCUGGCUUUUUAUGAUGCGAGCUUGAAGAGAGAAGGAGCAGGCGAACGGGAUUGGAGCUGGGAGUACGGAGAUUCUUGCUUUUGGACAAAGGUCGACGCUUAUAUUACUCAUUAUUGGCAGGUUGAAUUCGCAGAGCGGCGCGUUGCUGGGUUUCUUAUUUACCGAAGAGACAUCGAUCGCGGUGGAGAAUGGGACGACAGGAUCCAAGGUGCGGACGUGCAUCUAAAGCGGGGCGCCGGAUCAUAUUCGUCUUCGCCCGAUAUGUCGCUUCCUGGUUUUCUUUCGCCGUAUGGGACCUGGGUUCAUAUUGACGAAAGAAUUAGCGGAAUACAGAUUAAGCAGAGUGGUCCGAAAGGCUGGGGCUUCUGCGGGUUCCAACUAUUCGAAUCCGAGGAAUACCUUCCUUCUCUUGGAGUCGGAGAAUAUGCUGUGUAAGAACCUCCGCACGGUACGGGCAUGAGAAGUGACUCAUUUAAACCGUAACAGUCUGACUGCAGAAGGAGAUAAACGCAAAGUGGUGCACUUGCGUAUAAUGAAUGCGCCUCACAUAAUUGUUUGAUGAUAUUGCAUAUUGUUAUUGUGAUUGGCCACGAUGAGACCAAGGCUCUUCAGCAUUCCCAUAUUACUGGGAGGCCGCACUCUUCAAUCAUGAGGCACGAACCGAGGCCAGGGCUGUCUCAUCACUCGUCCGUCGUUUCCGUUGUUGCUCACUAACUGUAGGCAGCGACGAGUGAUACCGUUCCAUAUUUAUUAUAUUUACAUAAAUCUCAAUGCCAAUAUUCGCGAUUGGAUUUGGAUCUCGCAGGGCAAAGCCGAUGGAGGUAGAGUCUGGCUUUCUUUGGGGGGAGUGGCCUUUGUCCUUGUUUGGUAGCAAUCUUGUUUCCUCCAUCGCGUUACCAUGGUUAGGCCGCGUGCGAUUGAUUGGAGAUGCUGCGAGGCGUCUUGUUCUCGUCUUCAUCAUGUGUCGUGUUUUUUCAUCCACCGGUCAACACACUCACGCCGGUGACCGUUCUCCGGGCGGAAACAUGACGUACAAAGUCGAAAAAUGAAUAUAAUCAGUCACAGACGUGGGGUCGUUUGCGCAGUCGCAUUAUGCUUUCCUGUCAUGGUGCGCGACAGGCAGCGAAAAAACUCGGGUCUGAGCCGCUCGCAUGGUUUUCUUUUAUACGAAUGUAAGACCACGAGUAUAGAUACGCAUACGCUUGCUUUGAUCAUUGACGUUCUGGGGUGGAGGUUUUUAGAUGCGAUAGACGCGGGUCUACAUUCAGCGGACACCCGCAGGACUGCGCGGACAGAUGCCGGACGACCGUCGGCUGCACUUCUUUCAGCGUGUACAAGGGCAAGAUUGAGGACAGCAAUUCUGGCAGUGUAGCAACAGAGGACCGCGUAUACGCAUACCGGGACUACAGCAUGGCAUCGCUUAUGAAGCCGCCAGUUUUGGGUGGCGGAGUGGCAGCAGGCAAGAUGGAGCAUGCCUGUUGCAUGCUGUGGAGCAAUAGACGGCCCCGGAACACCAGGACGGAAAAUUCAUUAGAUAAAACCCGUGUGCCAAGGAAUCUGCGGGGGAGGUCGAGGGCUGAGUGGCAAUUUUUCGGGCUCAUUCCACCUCCAGCCACAGCACACAUCUAUAGUGCCACCGCGGAUACGUCUCUUGCCGAGGCCGAUCUCGGAGCGAAGAUUGUAAACACUCAGAUAGCUUCACAGAUUGGAGCCAAUGAGAAAACGUGGGUUUACGCCGACCACUCUGGAUAUGGCUGGUUUUUCGGCCGGUCAGGCCAAAAUAAGCACAUCCGGGGACAACAAGGCACUUUGUCUGGGUGUUGGCAGCCGCUCUAUAGGAAGCACGAUGGCAGCUCGUACCCAGACGCGAUCUGGUGUCCCGACAAUCCCGCGGGCGGCGAGGAAAGGACAUGCAGCGAUGGACCUGGAGAUGGGACGUGCGACGACGACCUGAGCCAGAGCGAAGCGGUAUUCUAUUUCAUGGCGCUGGGGGAGGCCAAAUGCCUGCAGAUACACGAUCCACAGCAGGGGUGCCCGAAUCCGAGUGACUUGUUCAAGUUUUCUGCCCGCGUUCGUGGAACUCCGCCAACGAACAUUGAUUUGGCAAGGUCUUUGGACGGUUCCGGUAUCCCAGCGGACCAAUAUCCAACAUCGGUCAACGCAGCUAAUGGCGACCUGAUCUGGCUCAGAAUGGACGAAGGACCGUGGUACAAAAUCCGAAGUGAGGCGUUCACGAAAAACGGUGCGACCUCUGAAACCAACUUGUACGCUAACGGUUACCCGGUAGACAGCAACAACGAUGAACAAGAAUUCGACGCGCGCGAUGCCUCAAGUUUCUGCUUGGGGGGAGGGGUUUCUUGCGGCGUCGGGUCGGUUCAUAAGAUCACCGUGGUUCCGGGAAAAGAUGGGGCCGUCCUUCACUUACUAGAGAUUGAGACCGCACUCCUUGACCCUUUUAAAGGUGAAGGUUCGUGGAGUACUGACAAUAUCAAAUACGGCGGCAACGUGGCAUUUCUUUCAUCUGGCGCGACACCCAAGUGCGCCGAUGGACCUAAGAGCUGUGGGCCGAGAAUGAAAGAAUGCUCAACCAUGUGCGGCGGCGCUGGCGACUGCGACGGAUGCGACGCAGCAGAUGGGAGUGCAAAGGGGGCGUGUUGCUAUGCGAACCGCGCCACUGAUCCGCCGGAAUGCAAACAGAUUCCCUUCAGUCACUUCGGCAUGAAUACACCUGGGGAGAUUCGCCGGCAAAACAACAUGAACCCACCCCGAGACCCGGGGGUCUACUACGACUACCACCAGUGCGUGCUGUACACGCCGGAGAAAAUGCCGGGAAGGGAAACCAAGGAUCUCAUCAAGGACGACAGCAGGCUGGGGCCGAGGCAGAUGGAGUGUGCCCAUGUGUGCGACAUCACAAAGGGUGGUGGCUGGUGCAGUGCGUGCGAUUCGAAGGACGGAACGAGCUUCGGCGCUUGCUGCCAAAAGGAUACGUCCACUAGCCGGGAGUGCGCAAGUGUGGCUGCAAACGAAUUUUUUGGAGUGACGGACUACCACGUGUGUGUGAUUCCGGUUCAGGUGCUCCCAGACAACGCAGAGGAGAAGCAAACAACCGGAGACGAGUCGCUGUUGCUGCAACUACAGCCCCUCGCCCGUGCUGCCACGGGGCAUGGCCCAGUGGCCCGGUCACGUGAAAAGGCCCACGACACGGGGUCAUCUUCUACAACUAAGCGUGUUGAUCCUUUUCAUCUGGAGGACAUGCCAGCAGAAGCGGGACAGCAGGAUCCGGACGACCGAGGUGCGCGAACCCCCGUAUGGGACCGCGAGGCGAGUAGCUUGUUGCAGAAGCGGAAGCUGGGGCGUGCGGGUACGACAAACAUAUAUGCUCCGGAGGAAAUUACGGGUCGGUUUCUUGAUCCAGUAGCGAAUAAGUUUAAUGCGACGGCUUCAAGUACAUAUCCAACCACUUUCACCUGGGCCAACUGGCUGCCUGAAAGCGUGUUUAACCACAAGUUUCCUAACAGACAUCUGUUUCUGGACGAUCUUAGAGGAGGCACUUUCAAGAAAAGCGAGUGCAAAAAAGAAAACCUUUGCGAAGAGUGCUUUUUUUCGAAGUAUGAGGAAAAUACGCUGCACUGGUGGAAAAUUAAGCUGGACCAACCACGCAACGUGACAGGAUUUGUUAUCUUCAAACGCGAUAUAGAGGAUAAUAUAUCCGAAGAUGGAGUUGAAGGCGCAGACGUUUAUCUCAACGAAAACUCGCAGACGCAGCCGGACAUCGUGCUCCCAACUUCACUUUCAAUAUUCGGAACCUGGAUUGCAGUCGACCAAGAAAUAUCUUCGAUAAGGAUUGAGAAGAAAGGGUAUGCGCUCGGUUUCUGCGGUUUCUGGCUGUUCGAAAAUGAUCCGAAUGCGGUGCCCGUGAUUGCGACGCCCGAUUUUGGAGCACCGGUGUGCGAUGGCUGUGGGCCCCGGCAACGGGACUGCAGCAGUCACUGCGAGCCCGGUUUUUGCACGAGCUGCGACGGGCUGGCGAGCGAAGCGCACCACCACAAGGGCGCUUGCUGCAUGAAAAAUUAUGCGGAGGACCCAGUCGAGUGUCAUCACGUUGCCCUCGAGGAGUUCACAGCAAUGGGCUACCACGAGUGCGUGCUUGUCGAGAAGGCUUACGAGAACUUGGGGGACGGUCUUUGCGUGGCAGCGAGUGGGGGCUACCGGCCUUGGGCCGUGACAACCUUUUAUCUCGAGUCGGAAGAGAUAGAAUUGUCGAACGCGCCCACGUGGCAGCAAUGCGGGGCUUUGUGCGACGAGUUUGCGGAUAUGGUGUUCUCAAACGUUACACUCUCAACUGUUACAUGGGAUGAGUUUGUGACGCAAGAGCCGCAACAGUGAAAGGAGCAAGCUCGCAACUCUCGCAUCACAAAUUCGGCACAGAUUUAGGCGCUGUUUAGCCCAUCGGGGAUUUGUCAUGCAAGGUAGCUUGAUCGAGAUCGUCUGCUGGCUCAUGGUAAUUUUGCAUGACAAAUCAAGUUUCUAUCUUAGAGUUUACCCGCUCGGGGAGUAAUUAUUUAAACGGUCACCGCUUGUGGUGGCCAGAGGCGUUCGAGUCUAGUUAGUCCUUAGCUGCGCGCUACUCUUUCAGUUCGUGCGGGCUCCAGGUGCUGCGAUCACCGGCAGGAGCUUAACAACAGCGAACAUAAGGACGUCGGAUUUUCGAUUGCUCUACAUUACAAGACCGGCACUUGUGUCGGCCCGCCGAAGCUUUGCGUGCGGGUUCAGCAGUCUUUCUUCCUUCGCAAAAGGUGAGUCUCCUGACCCUUCUGGUCGUCACUAUUCCGCCCGCAUUCGUGCGCGCACGGCUGCCUACGACGACGACAACGGUUUAAGUUUGUAGUCUUGUGGUUUAAACAGGGACGCCCUGCCCUUAGUCUCCCAACAUGACAAAUCAUGUAACAGCUGAGAAUGUAACGGCUGAGAAUCCCAUAGCGGACUGCCUCGGCUUCGAGAAAUACUACGUCACUGCGCAGGGUUAUGGAUGUGUCAGGAUCGAAAUCGACAAAAUCGAAAAAUUUGCGACGCGUAAGAUGUAGGGCACCGGAGGCCUGUAUUGGGGAGCAGGCAAAUGAGACCGAUUGUAAGCCUGUGUAGGGGUAUGCAAUGUGCUGCCAGAGUAGCAUGACGGGAGCAGUCUUCUUACUUUGCCCAAACAGCAUGACAGACUGGAUUUGGGUGCUCCCGAAAUUUGUCAUGCGCCACUUGCAAAAUUAGGCUCCGACUGGUAUCGAUUUUAUGCAUCACAAGUUUUUCGAUUUUGUCGAUUUCGAUGCUGAAACUUCCAUAAGGGUCCGACGUGCAAGCUUCUUGGCGUGCAUAUCGACGAGACUAAGGGGCCGACCGUCAUUGGCCCCGAGGAUACCCGUCCCGACCGUGAAUACAUUCUUGUACACCCCUAUAACCUUAUCAACUACCACGUAAUUUCGAGGCACAUACCACAAGACAAAGAGGGAGGGGCUCCUCAGGAUGUGCCGAUGAUACAGGUCCAUUCCGCCUACGAUGGCGGUAUAGAGGGGAUGGAAUGUUGGAGAAAAAACAAGGAUAAGAGCGACACCCCCGCUCCUUCUCCAGCUCCGAGCCCGUAG